AUGACUUCUCCUGAGAUGCAUAUUUCACCAGGUUCAUCUGCGUUGGAUGCAACUCGGUAUGAUGUCGUCUGUAUCGGCUUUGGCGCCGCUCAGCUGGCGACAGCUAUUGCGAACCGCGAAACCAAGAAACCUUCAAGUAUGCUCUUUCUGGAGCGAAAAUCGACCUUUUCAUGGGGCUCGGGAUCGCACAUGUCGAGGACGCGAAUGGAGAGUCCGUUCAUGUAUGACUUGGCCACACUCCGCAACCCACGAACAUCCUUUAGCUACGUCAACUACCUCCACGCUCGCAAACGUCUCGUCGAAUUCGCAAACUCGGACCGGCUCAACCCUCUGCGGGAAGAGUUUGAAGACUAUAUGAGGUGGUGCGCAGAACAAUUCAAGGAGGAUGUGCGUUAUAGCAACGACGUAGUUGGUGUGGCUCCAGCAGUGAAAUCAGGGCAGGUACAGUGCUGGAGGGUGUCGGUCAAGGAUAAUAGCGGCAAAUCGUACAUUGUACAGGCGGCCAGUGUUGUUGCGCCCUCGCCAUCGAGAGCGACUGGUCCAGCUGCGCCGCCGUUACCUACGGUCGAUUUCCUGGCUGGACAACGAAUCAUCUCCAUGGACGAAUACCAGAGCCGAAGGAAUGAGUUGCGAGGUGCUCAUCAGCCACCACUAAACGUCUCUGUAGUCGGCUCUGGAGACAGGACAAUCGAGAUACUAGACGACCUCCUGUCAUGUCCUCGUCUAGGCAACAUUACCGUCGUUACAGAGGACGCGUCGCUUCUCCCAUUAACAAUCCUCGACGAGGCCAAGCCGCCGCAACCACAGCUAUGCUCGAUUUGGGCCAAGCCGACCAACUGCCAACCAUCUAUUACGGAAGCGUCGGAAAUGGUCAAGACGCUUUAUAUGCGCGCGUACGAGAAGCAGGUCCAAUCCAAGGGCGAGUACAGGCUUCGCAUCAUUAUCGGCAAAGACACGGCGGCCGCGUGCUCAAAAUCCGACUUCAUCAUUAGAGAUACUGCCAUAAGACCUGCGCCGAGCAACGCUCUGUUUCAGAGCAUAGAUGGACUAAUUCUGGGCUGCCGACCAAAAGGUGAAAGCUUGGAGGAGGUACAGUUCAAGCGCGAUGCUGUCGCAGAGAGCUGCCGGUUGUGGCUAGUGUCAUCUAAGUCGGAAGGAGGGCGUGCACUAGCCAAGGACAUUGCACAGACGGCUGGCGAAAUCGUGCGCAAGGCAUCCUCGGGGUCCACGCAGAUACGGGAUGGGGGGAUGCAAGUGCAGGCAAGGAUGUAAAGCUGGUACGGGUGAUGGCUUGCAUAUUCGCUCGAAAAUUUUCGUUUUAGUGUUGAUCUUAUCUAAUCUGAUGGGGCCUGGCCCGAACAUCG